UGCCAUUAGGGAGAGGACGUUAUCAUCCCGUAAAUCACCGUGGCCUGUCGUGUACGUAGACCACACCUACAUUUAAUCAUGGCGAGUUACUCCUGGCCUGCUCCAUGUGUGGAAGUACUUACAGUUAUAGCAAGAGUAGAUAAUAGAAGUGGUCUUUCUCGCCAUAAGAAUACCUGUAUUGGAACUAAAUCCUCUGAAAUUAGCGAUAUUACGGCUGCUGCUAAUGUUGGAAAUAUUAAUUGUCACUUUACAGGAUGUGAUACCAGGUUCGUAUGUAGUGAUGAUUUGAUAAAACAUUUUUCAGAUGUUCGUAAUGAGAAAGUAAACAUUGAUAAAAAGAUGUUUGCUACUAUGGAGGAAUUUACAACGUGGAAAGCAGACUUUGAAGCACGUACGUCCUCAAACUUUGUAUUACAUUGUGCUCCAAAGAAGCGUCUUCAUUACCUAUGUUACUACUAUUAUUGUAAUUGUUCUGGCUCUUUCAAUUCAAGAAGUAAAGGAAAGAGAUC